AUGACCGCGCCAGCGUCAAGUGACAGCGCAGCAGGAAGCACGGGGCGCGUGCUGCCCCAGCUUCGGUUAAAGCGACCAAGUCCAGCCCGAAGCGUCCUCACUCCGCCGCGCGGGACACAACCCCCGCUUCAAGUGUCCCGACUGACGAGGCUGAGCGAUGCCGCCGCGGGGUUCCCGUGCGCGCGCCUGGUCGAGUCGUUCCUGUACUUCUGGACUGUAGUGGCGAGCAUGCUCGGCAUCGUCCUGGCCUGCCUCGUGCUCUACCUCAUGUACUUCAAGGACGGCGGGAACCUGGCGCCGGUGCUGCCGUUCUGCUUGGCUGCGUAUGGGGCUCUAGCCAUCACCGUUGCGUCGGCCUGCGGGCUCUACGGUCUGCUCCACCACCGGAGAAUCGUCACGGAAGGCGGACGCAACUACUCGCUCGGAAUCGUACGGAUCGCAGGGGCCAUCGUCGUCGUGGUCGCUGGAGCCAUGGCGCUGUCGCUCGCCCACGUCGUCGAGUUGGCUCAAGACGAAGACUUUUCAAGCGACCGAGUGGCAGUUCUAGAGACCAAGCUCAUCUCCAAGCUGCACGACCAGGUGGCCAAGAGCAGCUCCGCGUGGCGAGAGGUGCAGAACGAGCUCAAGUGCUGCGGAUACGACCAAGCCAGCACCAUCCAGACGUACCUGAGCGCGACUUCCUCGUGGAACUCCAGUGCACAGUCGGAGCUCGAGGGCGUGAACGCAGUGGGAGGCAGAUACUGCUCCACUCGAACUGCCGAGUGUCUGAGGACGACGUCUGAGGCGCAUUGUCCCGUGUCGGGGCGCGGCUGGUGUCGCCUCGAGCUGCUGCAAGUGGCGCACGACAACUACUCGCUGCUCAGCACGUGCGCGAUCACGUUUGGAGCCUUCCAGCUGCUCUUCAGCCUGCUCGGUGUGUUCACGCUGCUCUGCGACGUGCGAAGGAUAAGCGGGUCGUCUCCGAUCUACGAGAUCCAGCACCGGAUGCUGUCCCCAAUCCAACCAAGCGCCCCAAAUGCCGAGGACUAG